AUGUCACUAAACGAAGCGGCGAGGGCCGGCUCGCAGCCACCACCGCAUGCUCAGACAGACGUACCAUGGCCACAAGAGCGGCAGGCAGGGACAGAUUCUCACCGAGCUAAAAGACGCCGGCUAUCGUCGUCUCUCACAACACCAAGUCAACAACGGAUUGCGCCAACUAGAGCCUCGAUAGCAGGUAGACGGUCGGAUAGGCGAAGUGGUCGCAAGGCGUUCACAACUACAGGUGGAGCAUUGCUAGGAACAGAUACAUCACAAACAUCGAAGAUUGCAACCUUGGAGAUACUGGGGUCGUCGUCAUCAUCACAGGAAAACGAAGCCAACAAGGAGAACAACACUGGGGAGGCUCCAGAACUCAGGAGAGAUCUUUCAGCCGCUCGUGCUCGAGAUACGGUUGGCCUUCGCGAGCGGACUGCGCCGUCGGCCAAUUCCAUAUCGAGCGUGAACACGCCAGCACUGAAGAUUUCUAAAAGUCGUGGAAAUGUGCGUGACCUUGAUGUGUGGGAAGACAAUAAGCAACAGGAACCGAAUGAUGGAACAACGCCCGUCCCAGACGAAAGCAGUAUCCGACCAUUGCCUAGCGCUGGAUCAUCGAAACCGAAACGGCGGAAGAAGCGCAAAUCCGUGGUCUUGGUCCGCAAAAAGAGGCGCUCAUCUGGCCCAGGGGAGAAUCAACCUGGACAACCGGAAGUUCCCACACCCGAACCCGAUACCCAGGCUUCGCCUGCGCCACCAUCCAGCGUGCUCACACUGCCACCAGCAAGUCGACGACAGACCCGGAAUAGUUUAAAGAAAGACUUGCUUACCGAUAUUGGAAGAAGCCCUUCCGUAUCCGGUACACCUCCACCCAAGCAAAUGGAGGAGGCUGGUGAUGAAACAUAUAAUAAGGAGAGUCCCCGUGAGCUCACAACACCUGCACCCUCCAAGCAAACGAAGGAGGAUGAUAAUGAUGAUGAUGAAUCAUAUAUUCAGGAGAGCUCUCCUGAGCCCACAACACCUGCACCCACCAAGCGAACCAAGCGAACCAGCAAAGUCGGCAGCCGCCGCACAAGUUCCAAACGGGACGCUCUACCCUCCAAAAAGGGACCCUCGAAGACUAGGUUCCCUUUCCUGACCCACCGUCUGACAAACCUAUCACGACUUCCAACAAUACAUGAAACCAACGAAGAUGGAGAACAUGGUGACGAUCCGCUGGACAUGACCAACGACCACGGUCAACCAAACGUGGUCGACGUCCUGGCCCAAAUCUGCCGCGAGACGAUCGAGAACCUCGUAGAAGGGACGUCUACCAGUCGACUACCGUCCGACCGUGCAGCCGUGAAAACUAAACGAGAUGCUCUAGAGGCAUUCGGACGAGAUCUAGACGACGAACUAUUCGAGCUUUCGGAAGUGGUCGAGAAUCGAAUUCACUUGGAAGCUCGCGUUCGGAAGAGCAGAAGAGAGAAAGCAUCCCUGCAAGCGGAGUGGCUCGCACUAAGGAAAGAAAGGGAGCGGAUCGCCCUCGAAUGUGACGCUGUGCGCCGCCAGCAUUGGGAAUGUGAAGAUGACGCGCGACAACGAUGGAAUCUCAGCGAGGCUGCCAAACGGGCAGAGAUUGAAUUGAAUCGGGAUAACCACAAUACCGAGGACGGAAUAGAGUUCCUACUUCGAAGCGUGGCCAGCAAUGUCAGCAGCGCCUCCGAGGAAGGUGGCUUAUUGAAUAAAGUGAAACGGUUCAAUGCGCAGUUGGAAAGUAUGGCAUUGUUACUGGAAAGAAAGCGUGUCAAUUGA